CACAGACAGCAGCUGUGAAACUCUUCCUCUCUCUCGCUGAUGGAGAAGCUCAGUUGGGUUUUGGAUGUGAGCAAACAGAUGUAGUCGGGCUGCAGGUGGAAGCCAGCCGCUCACAGCUGGAUGGAUCCAGAUGUUGUGAACAGAGUUAACCUGAUACAGAGUUAGUUAUACUGACUCUUCAUGUGGAUGAUUCACUUCCUCCUCCUCCUCCUCGUAAUCAACCGGCUCCCUCAUUAGUCCUGAUGAAGAGUGUGUGUGUGUGUGUGUGUGUGUGUGUGUGUGUGUGUGUGUGUGUGUGUGUGUGUUUGGCAGUAGAUGAAAGCUGAGGAGACGUGCAGAACAGACAAUACACAGAGAGGGAAAGCCUCAGUGUCUCUCUCACUCUCUGUUAUUCCUGUCACGUACAAAACAAGCUGCAGAAUCUGUGUGUGUGUGUGUGUGUGUGUGUGUGUGUGUGUGUUUGUGUGUGUGUGAGAGUGUGUGUGUGUGUGUGUGUGUGUGAGUGAGUGUGAGUGUGUGUGUGUGUGUGUGUGUGCAGCACGUGCACUCGGCUCACGUUUCCAGGCAGCAGAGCUCAGAGCGAGACAGAGGGGCUGAUGGGAAGGAGGUGUGUAUCUGGUGUAAAGCCUUCGCUCACAGCUGCUGACAGGAAGCUAACGUUCCCUUACAGCCCACAAACGGCCGCGCGCUAACAGCCGGGGACGCCGCAGGAUUUACAGCGCUGACAUUGUGCAUCAAUUUUAAUUCCUUCCAAUGGAACCGUCACAAUCUUAACACAUUUAAGUCUAAAUUCACAUUUUUGGGGGAAUUGUGCAACAAAUUGAGCUGAAAGUGUCUGAAAUGACUGUGAUGGCAAUAAAUGAAACAAUCAUCUUACGUAGAAAACAGUCUAUAAAACAUUCAUUAAUCUUUUAAAGGUUCUGAAUACUUUAUUAUAGGAUAUAAAUGUUACUGUCAAACUAAAAAAUGCUCAGGAGUCAUUGGAGGAAGGAACAAAGACAGAAUGAAGAAAUAAGGUUAGCAGGAUUAAAAAAGCUAAUAUCAGUAAUAUGUUUAAAUCUGAUCUCAUAUUGGAUGAGGGGCUGAAGCCAAUCACAUUGAAAUAUUCUGAGUCUAAAAAUACUAAAAAACCAAACCAUCUACCCACCAUGUGAACCUUUCUAAAGCUUCUGUAUCCAACUGUCAUUUAUAAAUCAGCCAACACCACGAAGCAACCAACGGCAGACACAGCCAGCCGGACAACCGUUUGUCAGAAUACAUAAGUUAGUAUCAUGGAUCACGUUAGCUUCCCCAGCUGGAUAUGUGAUCACAUAUCCACUCAGAAAGUAUUUUACUAGUGAUAACAAGCGAAGGUUAGACAGCCACGCUGAAUAACGUUAGAACAGCUAGCCAGUCAGAUCGGCCUGGAGUCUGGAUGGAGCUAGCUGACUAAAACCACAAUAUCUCAAUAUGUUCCAGCUGGUAGAAAACAACCACCAGCUUUGCACUGAUUAUACUAACAUACAGCUGUAAUAGUUUUAACAGCGUAGUGUUUGUACUUUAACAUUAGGAAAUGAUCUGAAUGCUUCCACUGGGAGGGCUGCAUUUUAGAAAAUAAUGUGUGAAUGUUCAGUGUCAGUUCAGGCCUCUUUCUCUGCUCCAGUUUCUCCAUUCAGCCUCAAACUGUUUGCAUAAUUAGUUCUUUUAUCAGCGUGUGUGUGUGUGUGUGUGUGUGUGCUGUUGCACACAAUCACUCCUUUCACACACUGAGUCCUCUAACAAACACCAGUGGCUGAUGGGAAUUUUCACUACUUUAGUUUUAAUGUUGCAGUUUAAAAAAAUACAUAAAAAAGAUAAAGAUAAAUCAUAUUCAGUGCAGGGAGGGAGGUUUCAAUUUCAGACACCGACACUAAAUUAAACAUAUGAUAUGUAAUUCCUGCCACUAGGGGGUCUCUCACAUCAGAAUAAUGACAAAAUAUGAAGUGUGAUGAGGUUGAAGCAGCGUGGGAUCAUGGGAGUUGUUGUCUUCACCACCAUUGGCGUCAUUGCAGUCAGCUUCUCCCGGUUAGGAUUCCUUCAGUGUUCAUGGUUCAGGAGGUUUCUACCGGGAGCCCAAUGAUCCACAGAGGUCUCCUCCUCUCCAACACAAACAGACCCGCUGAUUAAAACCACUAAACACACUGAAUAAAGCAGUUCCACCUUAAACACACUGAAUAAAGCAGUUCCACCUUAAACACACUGAAUAAAGCAGUUCCACCUUAAACACACUGAAUAAAGCAGUUCCACCUUAACAAUCACUGCUUCUCCCACGCUGUUGGACAGACAAAGGACGUCCCGGAGGGGCUGCGAGCCGAGCUGCUGCUAACGUUAGCUCAGCUUGUUUCUCUGAUAACUUAAGAUCCAGACGUCCGAUGACUAAAAUCCUUCAUCCGGUUCAAAUCUAGAGUUAAAAAGCACCAAGAUCUAAACAGUGGACAGCGACCGCCAUGCAGGCCCUGACGUAAGUUGAUGGCGAGGUCCCGCCCAACGCUGCUUGCAGCUUUAAUUAGGGACCAAGCCAGCGACCGCUGGAGGUCCCUAUUGUUUUUGCUCGAUUUCUUCUUCUUACCUAUUAUUAUUUUUAGCCCCCUUUGACUGCAUUUUUGCCCCCCUGAACAUAUACGAAAACUCAAUUUUAUUUGGCAAAGUUGUCAGGCCUGGUAAAAAUGGGGAUAUUCUAUGUGUCGCUUUCGGGUAGGCCACUAGGUAGCGCUACUAUCAUCAAAAAUGCGUUUAGGCUUAUAACUUCUGCAUCGUUUGUCGCACAUUCAAAAAUUUGUGAUUAAAAUGAAAAUUGGUGCAAUUCUUGCCCAGGGCUCCCUGAAGCUUGCUAAAAAAUGUGUCAACAAUCCGCCACUAGGUGGCGCUCUGGUGGCAUGGUAAAUCACUGUGCGGAGACCGUAAUAGUUAUGAAAAUGAAAUUCACAGGGCACCUGUAGAGUGGUGCCUGAAGCUCACAUACCAAAAAUCAUGUUUGUCGUGUUUGUAGCGCCCCCUAUAGGAUAAGAAAAAAGCAGCCCCGGUGCCACGUUUCACCGAUAUGUAUGAAACUCGGUAGGCACGUGUAACAUGCCGGGACGUACAAAAAAGCCUCUUGGACCAAUACCCCAAACCCCACAGGAAGUCGGCCAUUUUGAUUUAGAUUUUCACUUUCGGCAAACUUUUUGCGUUGUAUUUGAACGAACUCCUCCUAGGGAAUUUAUCGGAUCAACUUCAAAUUUAAUCAGCGCAAUCUAAAGACAUUCAUGAUUAAAAGUUGUGCUUUUUACGACAUUCCGUCAAACGGCGUGCCUGUGGCGUUGAAUUUCAACCAUUCACCAUAAACAGAUAGUACUCAACUUCAGUGUACAAUGUCUAAUCUCGACUAAACUUCACAUAUUCUGUAACAGUCCUAGCCUGAACACAUCCUCACAACUUCAGUGUACAUUAUCUGAUCUCAACAAAACUUCACGUUUGAUAAGAAUCCCGCCCUGAACACGUCUACAUGACAAUAUUCAGACAUAGUGAUAGCGCCACCUACUGGCAACAGGAAGUAAGCGCUGCGUGGUGGUUUUGAGCUGAUUUACGUGAGAUUUUCGUGUCGUGGUCCGCACGUGUUACGACAGCACGUGACGCCGCCGCAGCAUGCCCCGAGUUGCGUGGAGUGCGAUGUCCCACCCAAUGCUGGAGAGAAUUUUGUUCCUUUAUUAUUCAAUCAAAUAGAAUAGAUUUGAAACCAAAAAAGAGAUUAGAGAGCAAAAAAGAGUAAGUGGCAAUCAAAAAAUGUUUUUUUUGAGAUCGAAACAGAACAGGUUGCAAUUGAAAAAAAAUAUGAGAGAACAUAUUUUUGCUUAUAAAUCAGUCCUCUUUGCUUGCGAGUUCUAAAGUUUUGUUUGCAAAUCAGUCCUCUUUGCUUGCGAGUUCUAAAGUUUUGUUUGCGAAUUCAACUGCACUUGAUGGGCGGGGCCUACGCUGGUGGAUGAGAGAAGAGUUUCUAUUGGUUGGUUUGACCUGGCUACAUCUUCCACAUUACACCCACUUCUCCCUUGUGCUGUGCUGCUCUUUUUUGGUUUUAAAUCUAUUCUGUUUGAUUGAAUAAUAAAAGAACAAAAUUCUCUCCAUAGUUUUAGCGAAGUUUGUUUAUUUUUAAAUAUUUUUAUUGUCGGAAUCUUUUGUUUUUUUAUUCCUUUACUGUUUUUCUGUGAUGUCAUCGGAAUGUUGUGAUGUCAUUCAAAGAUAAAAGCCAAUCGAAUGUUCUUUUGAUACAAAGGCGAACAUUCCGUCUGAAAAUGCAUAAAUAGGAUCUAAAUCCAACAUCAGUUCAGACUCACUUUGAACACAACGACAAACACAGAAAGAUUCUUCAGGACUUUGUAUUUAAGGACAUAAACAAAUACAACUGAGAGUCUUCGCACGCACAUCCGCCAGUGCCUGGAGAAGCUGACAACCAUAGAGUGGUCGCUUCUGAAAUCCGGGUCCCUCGAAAAGGAGGCCGAAGAGAUUAUAACUGACAUUUGCGUGGAUAUCGUGAAAACGAUAUUCAUCCACAUAUAUGGGGUGUUUAGAGAGAAGCAACUGAAGGGGAGAGACACUCCCAAAUCCUACAAAAGCUCUCCUGGAUCAGCCAGAUCACAGAAGAGAAGUGUAUCUGAAGACGACGUCCGUGGUUGCCUGGGGGACUUUAUUUCUCUGGCCUUAUCGGAGGCCACCGGUGUCCCAGACAUCAGUUCCCGAAGCACGGAGAAGCUAACGGACGCUGUGAUUACAGAGGUCACAGACAGAGUCAAUAUGGUCUCCAAAAGCUCUGAGAGUAGUGGAGGUGAUGAGGGGAGCAGACCUCUCAUCUCACCUUCCUUCACCGAGAGACUAAAGACCAUGGUCCGACAUGUGGCCAAAAUCUUGAAGAAAUGUGCCGUAAAGAAAGGUCAGCAAAGCCUGACAACGGAGGCAGCGGAAAGCCAGAUAACACUGGACAACUUGCCAGUGGAGGACCCAAUGCUGGUUGGAACGGUUGUUCCUUCUCUUGAUGAGACCGAAACAGAGUCUCCGAAGAGCUUUGUGGACAAAGUCACAGAAGCCAUAAAAAUCAUUGUACAAGAAAGGGCCAAGAUAAUCAAACCAAUUGAUUACUUCGUCCAGGUUUCAGAGAAAGAUGGCGACAUGUUCGAGUUGGAAUCCUCCUACGACAUGGCUGAGGUGGCUUCUGCAAUUGUCGUUGAGAUAAUUGAGGAGUUGAAACUCAAUUCAGAAGUUUCACUGCCUGACUCUCUGGCAAUACCUGAAAAAACAUCCCACUGGAAAACAGUGGCAGCCAAACUUAAGGAUUUUUAUGCUCAGCGUUUUGCCAUGGGGUCACUACUCGGCCUCAUGGCAAAACUGAGGCGUAAAUAUAAAUGCGUCCCAGAAGAACAGUCUUCUCUGAGCCAGCUGAUGGAGGAGGCUGAUGAUGUAGUUAGGAGCAUCAUCUCAUCGACUGAAGAGGAUCUAAGGAAGAUGAGAACAGACGAGACCCCUGACGAAAUAAUCAAUUCUGUUGGCAGCGAUCAGGACAACACAGCCGCCAUAGAGCUCGGCGAUUUAGUUUUUGAACACCUACAGCCAGAGGCUCCCACGGUGGACUUCCGCCUUCAAAUACAGGGUGAAGUGGAAACCUUUAUGGGGCAGAUAAGGCGAUGGCUUAACCUGCAGCUGAUCCGCCACCAACGGAAGAAGGACCACGUAAGUCUUGUCUUGAAAAAGAUCAGGGAAGUGGUCUGUCAGACAUCGCCUACUGAGACCCCCUCAGUCAUAGGAAGUGGCUGCGUGACACCUGUAGGAAGUUGCUGCGUGACACCUGUGGAGGUUGAAACAAAACCACCUUCCACCCCCAUUCGGUCCAUCAAGUCACCUGUGGGGGCUAAGACUGGUGACACCCUGGUGGUUGAAGUAGAAUCACCUUCCACCCCUGUUAGGUCCGUCAAGAAGUCACCGGUGGGAGCUAAGACUGGUGACACCCUUGAAGCAAAACCACCUUCCACCCCCGUUCGGUCAGUCAAGUCACUGGUGGUAGCUAAGACUGGUGACACCCUGGUGGUUGAAGUAGAAUCACCUUCCACCCCCGUUAGGUCCGUCAAGAUAUCACCGGUGGGAGCUAAGACUGGUGACACCCUUGUAGCCAAACUACCUUCCACCUCCAUUCAAUCUACCAAGUCACCGGUCAGUCAUGAAGCUGCGGUUGAGACUGCAGCACCAGCAGCCCAUCAGUGGGACGAUACCAGAUGCAGGCUUAUGGUCAUUGCACUGGUUCGUAAAAUUUUGAAAAGUCCGAUACAUCUGGACAUUCAUGUGACUUGCAGUGACAUUGAGGCAGUCAGCAGGUCACUGGCGGAGACGUUCCUGGAACAGAUCACAGGUUCCGAGUUUGCUGUUAAGCCAAGUGGCCAGCACAUCAAGAAGGUCGCCAAGGCAGUGCACAAGGAGUUGUGCAAGCUGACAGGCGAUGCAGAGAUCUUGAAGAUGUGCCUGCUGUCCCGGGAUGCAUCUGUUUACAGAUGCAUAACUGAGGCACUAACGAAGCAUCUGGUGAAGCCGCAGAAGAAGACCGGCGUGAACAGACUCUUCUCACGUCUCUUCAAGACCGUGGCCAAGCCGUUCGCUGCUUGCUUCGGGCUCAAAGAGUAAUCUUUGGUGGUUUUUGACCGGACGCUAACUGGGAUGACACUGGGUUUACUCUGAGAGGCUUUGGUUCGCCCACAUUUAACUAUAAUGAAAAAAAAAAUCUCAGUAAGAGAAGAAUUGUCUGGUGGAUCGCGACACAGGACAUCAGGUAUCAUAGCGCCACACAGGUGCCUCAGUGUAACACUGUGGCCUUGCAGCUAUCAGGUGACGGUUCAAUUCCAGCCUUUGACCCCCUUUUGCUGUGAGGAGUACAGAGUGCUCACUGUGUUGGCGUGGGUUUUCCCCGAGUAGCUUCGGUUUCUUCCCACAUUUUAAAAAAUAAACGAUUGAGCCAAACUUAUAGCCACGUUUGGCCUUUCCCAGCAUGCAUUGUGUAAAAGGGCUUGGGAAACACCCCAGAGAUGUUAUUAGUCACACCUACAGCCCCCCCAACAAAAAAAAUGUUAAUUAAAAACAAACAAUAUAACAUAGAACAAACAAUCUGUCUAAUAACAGUCAUUGAAUUGAAUUGAACUUGUUCAUUUAAGCCUGAAAUUGAUAUUGGUUGAAUAUAAGUUGGAUUAACGAACUCCUCCUAGAGAACUGGUCAGUACACUCUGAAGAUGUUCACAAUGAAAAAUAUCAUUAUCAAGUUAUUUGUUGUGUCUGUGGCAUAGCGUUGAAUUUUGAUUUGCAGCUUUAAUUAGGGUCCCUCUUGUAUCUCAAGUAUGUAAAUGCCUUUAAAUUCACAAAACCCAACAGAUACAGAACAAAACAAGCUUACCAAUAACAGGGUUCCUACUUUUUAAGAAAUAAUUUAAUAAUAAAAAUUAAUUGACUACUAACAAUGUAAAUUUAACAUUUCCAGUACAAUUAUAUUUUCAUCUUCUGAUUGCAGCGUCUCAACUGUGAGGACUCGCUGGUUCUCUCUGCUUCAUUUGAUUUUAAACGUGCUAUCUCGUAAUGGCUGUGUUUGACUAUUUUCAGACAUUUUAUAGACUAAGCCUGUCAAACACAGUCAGUUUGUGACUGAACAGAGCUAAUACAAGCUUUAAAACUAUUGUUAAAAAAUAAACUGAAAGCACAUGAGAGCAUUUAAAAGUAACAACAGGAAGUGUAUGGUAAAAAUAAACGGUGUAAUUUCUGCCACUACGACACAUUAAAAUGAUAAAAAAAUUGGUAGUGUGAUGAGGUGGUGAAGCAGCGUGGGAUCAUGGGAGUUGUUGUCUUCACCACCAUUGGUGUCAUUGCAGUCAGCUUCUCCUGGUUAGGAUUCCUUCAGUGUUCAUGGUUCAGGAGGUUUCUACCGGGAGCCCAAUGAUCCACAGAGGUCUCCUCCUCUCCAACACAAACAGACCCGCUGAUUAAAACCACUAAACACACUGAUAUUCUAACAUGCUAACGUUUGCCCAGCUUGUUUCUCUGAUAACUCCAGACGUCUGAUGACUAAAAUCAAAUCUUACGACGGAGUAUUAGGGCCAGACUAAGAAAAAAAUUUAUUUUAUUUUUUUGGAAAUUAUGAGAAUAAAGUUGUAAUGUUACGAGAAUAAAGUCGUAAUAUUACGAGAACAAGAGUCGUUUUAAUGAGAAAAAAGCUUCGAUAGAGUUAUCAAGAUCUGACGUGAGCAGCUCAACCAAUCAGCAGCCUCAGCCUGAACCCAGCAGCUGCUGUUUUUCUCAGUCGUACCGUACAGUCAACAGGUAAGAUAUCUUAUUCAUCAUUUCAUCGUUAAACAGUUUUGCUGGCUGAGCCAGCAGGUUGACAGUCCUGAUAAAAUUACUACUUUAUUCUGGUAAUGUUACAACUUUAUUCUCAUAAUGUUACGACUUAAUUCUUGUAAUGUUACGACUUUAUUCUCAUAAUAUUAUGACUUUAUUCUGGUAAUGUUACAACUUUAUUCUCAUAAUUUUACGACUUAAUUCUUGUAAUGUUACGACUUUAUUCUCGUAAUGUUACGACUUUAUUCUCGUAAUUUCCCCCAAAAUAAUAAUAUUUUUUUCUCUUAGUAUGUCCUUAAUACUCCGUCGUAAAAUCUAGAGUUAAAAAGCACCAAGAUCUAAACAGUUGAUGGUAAAAAUGGUGAAUUAGUAAUGAAAAUAAGAGCUGCUAAUCCUGGUGUGUUCAGUGUUUGUCAGUUGUUUUUCUGUUUGCAUGAACAUGGUGCUGAUUUGCCUCCUCCUGUCCUGACUCCAUUUACAUUAACCAUGACAUGGUGUGUGUGUGUCAGUAAAAACAGGCUUUAUUAAAGAAACAGACUGAACACCUCAGAGCAGUUUGAGCAGCAGGUGGAUUAACACGACUGGGGUCAGUGUCCUCUGUGGCUUUUGUGCUGUGGAUAUUUUUGCAGUUUUGAAAUGAGAGAACCAAAAUCCGGAAAAGAGGUGUUAAUAAAUAGGAGAACAAAAAACAGAGUGUGGGUCAUUUGUUUUUUUUGUUUUAUUCACAUUUUUAAAAAUGGAAAUUUUGGUUUCCUCAUUUCAAAACAAAUAUCAGUUGACCACAAAGUACACCGACCGACGGCCUCCAGUAAAUCCUGUUCAUGUGUUUACAAUUUUUACAAUUUUUUUUACAAAUUUUACAAAUUUUUAAGACAUUUUUUAAUAAGAACUCCUUGAGUUGGUCAGUGUUUCCAGCAGUUGCCCCUCAGUGUCGCUCUCACUGUUACUGGGGAUGACCACUUAUACAAAACAUAUUUAAAUAAUUACUUUCUACAGUUUAAAAUAUCUCAGGGUUGUAUUUUAUAGGCAGAACCCACUCAGCGUUAUUCAGUUAUAUUCACAGUUGAAGCUGAAAUCAUAGAAUUUGGGGCCCUCCAGUCAUGUAUUAACACAUAUAUACAAAUAGUCUGUUAGAGUUAUUGAGUGAGUCGGCUGGUUAUAGAUAUCUGCUCACAGGAUGAAAGUCUGACGUGUUUGUUAGGAAACAUAUCAGAUCUGUGGUCACAUUUACAUCCUCACCCCCACGUGGCUCCUGAUAACGGUCUGAUUAAACCUUUUGCAUGAUAGCUACACCUAAAGAGCCACUGUGGGGAACCUCAUUUGGCUCCACUUUAUUUGGAUAGUCCGCCUACAGAGUUUAUAGAUUAUCUGCAACAUUUCAGCAGCUCAGCAAUUAGUUGAGAUUGAACAAUUCAGAAUGAAUUCAUUUAGAUAAGCGAGUGCCUUCUCUCUCCGCUUCCCUACAGUACCAACAGUGGGCAACACUAGCUAACAUUAGUUUAUAAAUGGAGUCUGCUAACGGCUACAAACGACCAACACCCACCACAACACAGAGUCCAACACAGAGUCCACAACACAGAGUCCAACACAGAGUCCACAACACAGAGUCCAACACAGAGUCCAACACAGAGUCCACAACACAGAGUCCACAACACAGAGUCCAACACAGAGUCCACAACACAGAGUCCAACACAGAGUCCACAACACAGAGUCCACAACACAGAGUCCACAACACAGAGUCCAACACAGAGUCCAACACAGAGUCCACAACACAGAGUCCACAACACAGAGUCCAACACAGAGUCCACAACACAGAGUCCAACACAGAGUCCACAACACAGAGUCCACAACACAGAGUCCAACACAGAGUCCACAACACAGAGUCCACAACACAGAGUCCACAACACAGAGUCCAACACAGAGUCCAACACAGAGUCCACAACACAGAGUCCACAACACAGAGUCCAACACAGAGUCCACAACACAGAGUCCAACACAGAGUCCACAACACAGAG